AUGUUCUACUUUCACUGUCCGCCUCAGCUAGACGGAGAGUGCUGUCGCUCCAACACAUUGAAUUCAAGCAGUUUUGGCAACCACGCCCCGGCUGAUUUUGAUGAUGGAUUUCUACGCAGAAAACAGCGCAGAAACAGAACAACAUUUACUUUGCAACAGUUGGAGGCUCUGGAGGCUGUCUUCGCCCAGACUCACUACCCGGACGUGUUCACCCGGGAGGAGCUGGCCAUGAAGAUCAACCUGACCGAGGCCAGGGUGCAGGUUUGGUUUCAGAACCGCAGAGCAAAGUGGAGGAAGACGGAGCGAGGGAGCACAGACCCUGAAGGAGGGAAAGAGCAGAUGAGUGAGGGCACUCCUCCAUCUCGCAGCAUCAACUCUCAGUCCCCAGUGGACCACAGCAGAAAACAGAAAGAACCACUGGAGAUGCAGCAGAGUAUCAACAGGACUGUGGGUCCAAGUGGUCCGUUCUUCCCAUCUUGUAUACCAGGCACCCUCCUCAACUCUGCCACCUACGCCCAGGCCCUCUCACAGGUCGCCACACUUAAAGGUAAUGGUUUGUGCUCCUGCUGUGUCUCUGACCCCAUGGGCUUGUCCUUCCUGCCGCCCUACGGUUGUCAGGGCAACCGCACAGCCAGCGUGGCUGCCCUGCGCAUGAAGGCCCGUGAGCACUCGGAGGCUGUGCUGCAGUCUGCCAACCUGCUCAGCGCGGCGACCGGGCCCGGCGUGGGAGUCCUGUCUGGAGUCGGUGUCAGCACGGCCGGGGUGGCGAGGCCCACGGUGGGCCCUGCCAUCGAGGUGCCCGGAACUGUGGGAAGAGGGGGAGACAGCUCCAGUCCCAGCCCGGCCAACAAGGUCCCUAUCCUGGGGAGCAGUCCUGACAAACACCCUCACUGCUCCAAGGAACCACUGGACAAAAAGUGA